UAUGUCAUUAAUUUAAGAUACUAUUUAAUCAUUUUGAGAUAGGAUACUAAGUCAUUAUUUUGAUAGUUUCUCAUUAUUUUGAGAUAAGUCAAUUUGAGAUACUAAUUUAUUAUUUUGAGAUAUUAUUUUGAGAUAGUAUCCCAUUAUUUUGAGUUACUAAUUUAUUCUUUUGAGAUACUAAGUCAUUAUUUUGAUAGUUUCUCAUUAUUAUGAGUCCGUUUGAGUUACUACUAAUUUAUUAUUUUGAGAUAUUAUUUCAUUAUUUUGGGUUAUACGAUAAUUUUGAGAUACUAAUUUAUUAUGUUGAUAGACUAAUUUAUUAUUUUGAUAUGUUAUUAGUUUGAGAUACUAUUAUUUUGAGAUAGUUUAUCAUUAUAUUGACUUACGGCAUCUUUCUUUUUCAUCAAAUGGGCUUCGAUAUCUUUAAUAUAAAAUAAGACGUUAUUUUUUAUUGUAGUGUACCGUUAUAACAUUUCAUUUGCUUUUAGUUACUAUAGUAACGGUACAUAUAUGUACGUUAACACUGUCACACACACACACACACACACACACACACACACACACACACACACACACACACACACACACACACACACACACACACACACACACACAGGAGAGGAGAGGGAGAAGCUGAAUAAAUGACUCACAACAACUCCCACCUCAAUAACAGUAGAAUCAAGAUGGCGGCUGAGGGCGAGUACGAGUCGAUCCUGUGCGUUAAACCCGACGUCAACGUCUAUAGAAUCCCGCCGAGAGCUUCAAACCGCGCAUACAGGGCAGCUGACUGGAAGCUGGAUACUCCAGACUGGACGGGUCGAUUGAGGAUCACCACUAAGGGCAAAGUGGCGUACAUCAAGCUAGAGGAUAAAGUCUCAGGGGAGCUGUUUGCCCAGGCACCGGUCAAGGAGUAUCCUGGUGUUACAGUGGAAACGGUCAGCGACUCCAGCCGAUACUUUGUUCUGCGGAUACAAGAUGACAACGGUCGCAGUGCUUUCAUUGGAGUUGGUUUCGGGGACCGAGGGGACUCCUUUGAUUUCAACGUGGCCUUGCAGGACCAUUUCAAAUGGGUGAAACAGGAGGAUGAACUCAGUAAAACUGCUCAUCUUGGGGAUUCAGGACCAAAGCUGGACUUAGGCUUUAAAGAGGGACAGACCAUCACACUCAAUAUAGGGCAAGGUAAAAAGAGGGAUAAACCUCGCCUGCAAGGCACAGGUGGACUUGGACUCCUUCCACCACCACCAGGAGGCAAGAUAGCUCCUCCUCCUUCAUCAGGCUCAUCCAAUCACAACAUAGUCCCCCAAACAGGAGGAACAGCAACAGGCUGCCUGUUGGAGCUGGACAGUAGUAACUCGAACACAGUGGUUCAGUCAAACCCUAGUUUAGAUCUUUGGGGAGACUUCUCUGCUCCUGCAAGCUCUGUUCCACCUUCAUCACAAUCAGAUAACGCCACAAACUGGAUCCAGUUUUGAGUCUGCAGCGGCGGUUACGUCGAUUUGUGAUUCCCAUCUCACCCGCAUCGUUGUCCGUAGCUUCCUGUGCAUCACACUGCGAGUAAAUCCCACACACUGAUCCCAAAGCAGAGACGUGAACCCCCCUCCCACAGAGCUGUAGAAACAAUUCACGGCAUCAUUUCAUUCAGAAAGAAUCAUAGUUCCUUUUUAAAAAUGUUCUCGACAGGAAAUGAAGCGUUAAUCUCUUAAAGCCAUUACAUUGAUAUGAGCCAUUUCCAAUAAUAUUUAAGGGCUAUGUGUGAUGUCCUGAGUAGCAGGUGCUCCUCUUUUAUGUGUCUGCAUCGCCUCCCCACUAGAUGGCUCCCGCAACAGAGCUCCAUCUUCUGUAAUGUUUCUGUCUCUCAAACGGCUCCCCCUGCAGGCUGUAGAGAGAGCUACACCUCAAUGACGAAUGCUUCAUGGAGGCACCGUUGCUUUCUGUAACCUACUGUAAAUAAUGUGCAGAGGGCAGAGGGUGACAUAGCUCAGAUUGAGUGAAUCUAUAAGACAUAAAACAAAGAAGAUCAUUCUGGAAGUUUCUUUAGUGAUCUACAAUUGGCACUUAAAUCUUUUUUUUGACAUUCAGAAAAUGACAAUUUGUCUUUUUCUUGAAUCAUUUUUGAAAUUACACUAGAAGUACAUCUAAUUCUAAACGGAGCAAUUUGAGAUAUAUAAUGACUUUUUACCUCGCUGGCAAGACUUUUUCAGUUUUGAGAAAAGUUAAUCCUCUUUUAUGACUUUAAGAGAGGAUUAAUUAACUUGCUUGUUCCCAUCCGCGCACUGUGAACUGUGGAGAAUUACAGCUGGAGGCGGUUUGUCAAACUUUCUGUAUUUAAAAGUUUGAUUACACAACAAUAAUAUUGUGGAAUUGAAAGGUUCAGUUUAGCUUUUCUAUGCGGUAUAAAAACUAAAUUGUCAAUAUUUCCCAUUUUCUCUGAAGGCAGAUGCAACCCUCUGCUUAAAUCACCUCUAUGAAACACACACUGUCUACUCAUUGCUGAAGGAGUUAGAGUUUAUUCAGUAUUUGGUGUGUUUAUAGAAUCACUGAACUCACGUAUACUGUACGGGAUACUGAACUGCAGCAUUAACAUUCCUUUAUGAGGUAUUUGAACUAUGAAUUUUUUUGUGUUUACAAUGCAAAUGCAUAUGUGUUUAUGUGCUUGUUAUAUUUUGUUGUGACAUUGAAAUUAAUGUAUUAAUUUCCAAAUCUGACAUGUAUUGUGUUCUAGCCGUUUGGGGCAUUUUUAAGAAUGAAAUAAGCUCAGAAUUAGAUAUUAUAUAUAUUGCAUAUCUAUCUGCUGUAUUUGAUGCAGCAGUAAAUGAAAACACUACUGAAAUAUUUAAAGGGGCGUCUUUAUCCCAAUCAAGUUUUUACCUCAUUUGAAAACAACAUUUCAUCCCAAGUAACGUAUGGAAAGUUGAAAUGAAUAAAUGAAGUGAAUCAGAGCAGGAAUGUAAAGCGUUCUGCUUUAACUGACUGGACUUUGUAUUUAGAAAGUCCUAUUUUGCCUUAAAAAGUGAACAAUUAAAUAGUUAAUUUUCUUUUAAGGCCAACAUGAGAUUUGUUUUUGAUAUCAGAUCAGAGGGAAGCUCUAAUGGGGUUUAUCUGCAAGUUUAUGGUAGAAUAACUUUUAUUUUGCAUUAAAUCUAAACUAACGAUGCUGCAUCCUCUCGACCCCCCAGAAGCUCCCCGUCUGUUAAAAUGAGUCUCAUGUCAAAGAGAAAACCGACUUAUUAGAUGACUAACCACUUUUUUCCGAUGUGCCAUUUACCACCAAAAAUCAGUCAAAAUAUUUACUGAUGAAUUAAUCUCUUACAAAGUAGACAAUGUAUCUGCCUUUUUAUGUUUUUUGAAAUUAUCAUGAGGCUUUUUGAAAAGCAAAAUGUUUACCUGCACAGACCGCUCUGUGGUGAACUCAUGGCCAUCGGUAAUAAAUAUGAUGAAUGACGUACAAACAGAUCUUGAUAAAGGGAAUAUGAGAAGUGCAGUUCCAGAUGAAAAAGCUCUCUCAAACAAUAGUUUAAGAGUGUUUGGGAGUUGUCAGCAGAUCCUACAGCGGAUAAAAGAAGAUUUAGACAAUCUGCGGAAAGUAUUUGUAACUUAUUGGCAUCGUCUUACUUUCUGGGAAAUGGUCUUAUUCACUGGAUGAAGACUGGAAACGGAGGGAAACUGCUUGCCAGGGGCUUUACGAGCACUGCUGACAUGCAGAUCACAAAUGGUCCUGGGUCCUGUUUCACUAAUGAUUGUCACUCGCAAACUGCAGAUACAUUUGCAAAUCCUACAGUCCCUCGCAUGACCACGCAUGUACCACAAUUAUGGUGUUCCUUUGGAUUUGUAUUUUUAAAUUCAAUUAAUGUGAGGAAAAAAUGUGAGAAGAAACAGUAUCAUGUUGCAAGUCACAGCUUGCAUUUUCCAACAGGCACUUACUCUGUACAGAGGAAACAAUAUCUGCCUUGUAGCAUCUCUAAAGAGAACUAAGUAACACUAAUUCAAUCUAGUUUGUUUAUAUUUUCCCAAAAUGUCAAACUAUUCCUUUUAAUGUAUUAUAAUACUGAGUGACCUAAAGCUUUGAACCUAUCUGAUGCAAUGAUCCUUCUUCAGACUGUAAAAUGAAAUCCAAAAUGCUCUUGGCAAAGCUUUUUACUGAGCUGUUAGAGAUGACGCCGGUCUCAUGACUGAUGGUGGGAAAAACUAUCUAAUGAUUGUCUUACUUCAUCUGAUGAAUGUCUUAAUGGCAGCAAAUGAUAUGUUAUUAAUGUGCUGAAAAGACUUUAGCUGAUUGUUACUUUAGCCGGGUUUACAGGACUUUGACAAAUGAAUUGUUAUAAACUUUUUUUGACUGUGAACUCAUUUGUUUGCAUUUAUUUUUAAAGGUGUACUGUGAUCAAAUCACAUGAACUGUAUUUAAUUGGCAUUACGAUACAGGGGCUGAUUGAUAUCUUGAUGAUAUAUGUUGGAUAUGUGUGUUGUGUUUACAUUGCUUGUAUUGCUGGCUAAACUAUAAAUAUGUGUCCCAUUUCUCACUCAUUCCACCCUGGCUGUAAAAUCACUGGACUAACACUUUUGAUUUAUGACCAAUUUAAUGAGAAAGAGGCAAUAAAUCCUUUCAAAGGA